AUGUCCCACGGAAACCCUCUCCGGGUUCUAGUCAUCGUCUCGCACCGGAGCUCUCAGAUAUCGAAAGCGCAUAACAACCCAGAGGCUCUUCUACCCAAAGCCAUCCGCCUCCUCAAGUCGAGUCAUCUCUAUAUCCCACAAGAAGUGCACCCAACAACAAGGCUGAUAGCUGCACAAAAGUGGCAGACGCGAGUUUUCUUCGUCUUCGAUAUCUGCCAUACAACAUACGACGCCAAGCUAGGCCAUCUGCCCGAGCAGAACAAACUCCCCGUCGCUGUUGUCCAUCUCAGCAAGAAGAACACGGCCUAUGCGGCGAAUGCAUGGCUGUCGAAGAGAGUCAACAGAGAUAUUGCUCUAUUUCACAAUGCCAAUGGCUUCGGAGCAGUUCCACCUUUUGUGGAGGAUCACACCGUCGGAAAGCCGCCUGAGUAUGUGAACCCACGCGACAUCUCGCUUUUGAGGGCUUCUUGUGCUUGA